UUUGAUUCAUAAAUUUCUUGACGAUUUCCUCUUUUUGACAUGUUAAAACUUAUAAAUUGGAAAAAAUAAAUUAUAGUUAAUAAAAAAAUUUAUUCAUCAAGUACAAUAUUAUAAUUAUUAGUUCAGACAUAACAUCUUGAUCUCCUUUUCUUGUUAUAUUGUUUUGUUAUUUUAAUACUAGAUAUGCCGCCAAUUCCUAAUGGCGCUGCCAUCUUAAAACUUUCAUUCGUCUAAAAUUGUUGAACGAAAUUCUGUUGAAGCGCGCGCAAAUUUUGAUUAAUUUAUUUUCACAAUAUGUCUUAUUUUUCAAGUGUAAAUAUUAGUGUAAUUGUGUCUAACAUAUUAAAUGAGAAUAGAUUUAGUCAUUGUAGGUUAUGUCUGAGAGGAAUAGAAGAAAAUUACGUUCGACUAAGCGACCCUGUUUCACUAAAUCCUAAUGGUGGUGAUUUCCAACCACUUUACAAGCUUCUCAGUAAACAAUUGGGUAAAGAGUUUUCUGAGGAGAUUCCUGGAAUAGAUGCUGUAUGUAUUGAUUGUAUGGAAAGUGUACAGUCAAUGAUGCACUUUAUUCAUAGAUGUCAACAGACCACAGAAAUUUUAAGCAAAGUAUUUGAAAAUAUUUCUAAGGCUUUUCAGAAGGACACUCAUGCUUGUGCUGGAGAUAAAAAUAUCUUUAUCAAUGUAGAGGAAACCGAAGCAGACUUGUUAUUCAUGAGUAAGCCAAUAAGAAAGAAGAAAUUUACAAAAAAAAACAAACAUUUUGAAUGUCUGGAAUGUCUUAAACUAUUUGAAACGUUUGAUUCGCUCAAUGAGCAUAAUAUAUCAUUCCAUAGUUCAGUAACAUGUGGUAAAUGUAACAAAACAUUUGAAACAAAUCUAGACUUGAGUUUGCACGAUAGUCGUGAGCAUAGGUACAAAUGUCCUGAAUGUUCUCACUAUCAGGGCACAAAGGAAGGUCUGAAAAAGCAUGAGGAAGAGUAUCACAAAUGUCAUGUGUGCACAGAUUGUGGGAAGUCUUGUAAAGGCUUGGAGAGGCUCCGUGCUCAUGAAGAGAGGCACAGAAUGAAGCACUCCUGUCCCAAAUGUGGAAAGUCGUACACAACAAAGGAUUUCUAUGAUCGUCAUGUUAAAUUAUGUCUUAACAAUUUAUUGGAGCCGCAUCCAAGUAGGAGUUCUAUGGACAAAUCAUACAUAUGUGAAAAGUGCGAUAAGGCAUACAGCACUCAGGGAGGUUUACGUGUACACAACAGAUUUGCUCAUGGCAACGCUAAGCCACAUGAAUGUCCAGAAUGUGGCAAGAAAUUCACAGCUCCAAGCUAUUUAAGAGUUCAUAUGAUUAAACAUACGGGAGAAAAGAAUUUUAAAUGCAAUAUUUGCAAUAACAGAUUUGUUUCAAAGGAGGCGCUGUUGUACCAUACAAGGCGUCAUACAGGGGAAAAGCCCUACAGCUGCAAGCUUUGCAGUGAGAGAUUUGUCAAUGCAUCGGCUCGUGCUGAACACAUCAAGUUCAAACAUGUUGGACCAACGCUAAUGUGUGAAAUAUGCUCAAGGAAAUUUGUGACCAGUCACUUUCUCAAACAGCAUAUAAGUAGACACCAUGAUCCAUCGAGCAAGCUCUACUAUGGCAGGAGCAUUAUACCACCAAAUUUACCAUUGGAACAGAACAUGCGAAAAUUUGUUGUAAAACCUGAAGACUGAAUACAGAAUUUAAAUAUUUUAAGUCCUGCCUUAAUACUUAGUUAUAUUUGUUGGUAAUGAUUAACUUUAAAGCUUUGUUACUGUAAAUAUGUAUAAUGAAAUAAAACUACACUGAUAUUUUGCA